AUGAGAGUAGCGUAUGUGUGGCCCUCCAAUGUGAGACAGCAGCCCACGCCCCCUUCAGGAUCCGUCCUUGCUGUCGGCAUUCUCAAACUCUCACUACUCGCCGGCGAUGGAGUGAAUGACGCCGACAGGAAAGACAAGCAUGUGGACCCUACGGAAGAAAACGCAGGCAAAGAAGUUGACAUCUAUCGCGACACAUGGGUCCGCUUCCUAGGUUACGCCAACGAAGUGGGGGAGGCCUUCCGUGCGCUGGUGCCAUCCAGCGUGGUGUGGGGCAGCUACGCGGUGGCCACGGCCUAUGUUGCCGCUGAUGCUCUGGACAAAGGGAAAAAAGCAGCUGCGGCGCACGGGGACAACCCGGGCCAGAAGACCCGCGUGGUGGCGGCGGUGGCGGACACGUUCCUGUGGCAGGCCCUGGCCUCUGUGAUCAUCCCCGGCAUCACCAUCAACCGCGUGUGCGCCGCCUCGCUGCACCUGCUGGGCCGCACCACCAGGUGGCCCCUGCCUGUGCGCAAGUGGACCACCACGGCCAUCGGGCUCUCCACCGUCCCCUUCAUCAUCACCCCUAUUGACAGGUCAGUGGACUACCUGCUGGACGCCAGCCUCCGCAAGAUGUACGGUCCCGGCGAGAAGGAGGAUUAAGCUGCUGUCAUGGAGGUCCACCUUCAAAAGAAAAGGGAUCGUGUACGAUGAGAACACUACGCAGGAGGAGUAUUGCUGUACAAACACUUAUUUUCGACGUUUUAACGGCAGGGAUGCACGUCGCUGUUAUCGUGCUGCUGUGUACUUUGAGCCAGUUUAGCACAGCGGUUCACUUUCGGGUACUAUUACGCUCUCCGAAGCACUUUGAUUCUACCCAGCUGUUACACGCUCUCUCAAGGGAGCCACUGCGGUUUGCACUGGAACACCACAUUUUGCAAUAUGCCGUCGUAAAUGUCUCAUCUCCGCUGUAGCGACAUUAAGGGUAUUAGAGCCAUUUUGAAAACAUUUAUCACUGUUACAGUAAUUACAAGUUGGGUGUUUGCACACUCGAAAGGGAAUAACUACUAUGAGCUAUGCAAGGGAAACAACUGUCUUUUUAAAGUACGCACACCACACAGAGUGUUUUAACAAUGUCUAUACUGUAUGAGUCUCCAUAUUCAUGUUCAGUUCAACAUUUCAUAUAUUACACGUGAUAGGAAUACCGGUAUUUUUUUUUUUGUAUAGUGUGUGGGAAAGGGUUACAUUUUAUGUUCUCUAAACAUUAAACAUUGACUAAGAAUGGGAUACUGGGGAGGCAAAAAAAAAGAGUUUGAUGUUGUGAAAUAAAUUGUUCAAUGAUG